AUGGGCUUCAAAUGGCAAGAAGCAGUGGCCGACGCAGCGACAGGAGAGGCAGCUGAAGCUGCUGGUGCUGCUGGUGGCGGAAUGGCAGGUCAGGAGGGCGCAGGUGCCGGGGCGGAUGGAGCCUGGCAAGCAGGAGCAGCAGGGGCGGCAGGGGCAGCAGGGGGAGCAGGAGGAGCUGCUACUGGAGCCACACCAGGGACUGGGAAGAAAGGCAAGAAAGGUGGUGCAAAGGAGGGCGGGGCGAAAGGCGGAGGGGGAAAGGGUGCGGCUGGGCAGGAGAAUAGUGGAGCAGGGCAGUCGAGUUCUGGCAAUCAUGCACUCAUGAAGUUCCCCAUUCCCUAUUGCUCCUGCACGGGUCACCCUAGACAGUUUUCCUGCCUUUGA